UUCGUUCUUCCUACUUGGGUUAAUGAUGUCGUAGCAGGCACAGUCGGCGGUUGGGCACAGGUCAUUUCAGGUCACCCCUUCGAUACAUUGAAAGUCCGACUACAGACACAACCGAAUCCACCAAAGUACAAGGGAGCCAUGGAUUGUUUAAGAAUGACCAUUAAGGAGGAAGGCCCUUUGGGUCUCUACAAGGGUGUUACUUCGCCAUUAAUGGGAAUCGGAAUUUGCAAUGCUGUGAUGUUUGCAGCCAAUGGGACUUUUAGACGCAUUCUCCAAGGUGGCGAUGAGACCAAGACUCUUUCCUUGCUCGAAAUUGGGACAGCAGGAUCCAUGGCGGGAGGUGUGAUGGCGUUCGUCAACUGUCCCGUGGAGCUUUUAAAAGUCAAGCUUCAGACACAGUAUGGUCCAUCAGCAGGCAUCCUCACCAUUCCACCUUCAACUUCAACCACCAUCGCUUACAAGGGAGUACUGGAUGCAGGCAUCCGGACUUUCCGCAAGCAGGGAUUGAGAGGUCUUUAUCGUGGCAUGGACAUUACAUUGCUGCGUGAUAUUCCUUCCUACUUUUCGUACUUUGUAACUUAUGAAGGAGGCAAACGGAUAUUGGCUCAUCUUAACCAUAAUGGACGUGUAGAUCAGUUGACGACCCCUGAGUUGUUAUUGGCAGGUGGUAUUGCUGGCUUUGGAGCUUGGGUUCCUUGCUACCCUCAGGAUGUGAUCAAAUCUAGGAUGCAAAGCAACUUGAGUUACAAGAGUUCUUUAGAAUGUUUCCGCUCCCUCCGGGUCGAAGCGAGUGGUGGUAAUUGGAAGGUCUGGUUCAAGGGCUUCGGUCCUACGAUGGCGCGUGCAUUCCCUGCCAACGCUGCCACAUUCUUUUUCUAUGAAAUGACCAUGAAGUUUAUG